CUCCCCCUGGCGCUUCGCCACCGCCGCCGUCACCGCCAUGGCGGCCGCCGAGGGGACACCGGGCACCGAGGGGACAGCGGGGACAGCGGUGCCACCGCUCGCGGUGCCACCUCCACCGUCAGUGUCACCUCCACCGCCCGCGGUGCCACCUCCACCGGCAGUGCCACCACCCGAGGUGCCACCAACACCGGCAGUGUCGCCUCCACCGGCAGUGUCGCCUCCACCCCAGGUGCCACCCCCGGCAGUGCCACCCCCGGCGGUGUCGCCUCCCCCCGCGGUGUCACCGCCGGCUCCGUUCGUGCCACCCCUGGACUGCAGCGGUGACGACGCUCAGGCCAUGGGCAGGGAGCCGCUGCCGCUCCUGCGCCAGAUUUUGGCCGCCUGCGCUUGGCCCGAACUUUUGGAAUCUCCGGCUCUGCCCGAGGCCGCUCGGGAGCGAGCGCGGAGCAUCCUGCGGGAAAUGGACUCCGGGAAUAUCGGUGGGAAUUCCCAUCCUAAAGAGAUUUUUGGGAAUUUGGGAUCACCCGGGGAAAUGGACUCCGGGAAUAUCGGCGGAUACAACCACGAGCACCGAUCCCACGGCGUUCCCGCCAAGGUCGCGCGGUUCCUGGAAUUCCGGGAUGGUGGCGUCCCCUGCGACCCCCGGAACAUCGUCCUGUGCAGCGGCACCGCCACGGCCAUCCCGUUCGUGCUGUCGCUGCUGCGGGCGCCGCCGCCGGCGCUGCCCGUGGGGGUUCUGGUGCCGGUGCCGGGGCCGCCGUUCCUGGCGGCGCUGGUGGAGCAGGCCGGGGCCGUGCCCGUCCCGUACCCGCUGGACGAGGCCCGGGGCUGGGCCCCCGACCCGGCCGCGCUGCGCCGGGAGCUGCGCGCGGCGCGGGGCCGCUGCCACCCAAAGGUGCUGUGGGUGCUCAACCCCGGGGACCCCACGGGUCACGUGCUCAGCCGGGCGGAGCUGCGCGCGCUGCUGCUCGUGGCGGCCGCGGAGCCGCUGCUGCUGCUGGCGCACGAGGUGCACCAGGAGCGCUGCUUCUCCCCCGGGCGCCCCUUCCUGUCCUUCCGCCGCGCCCUGGCCCAGCUGGGGCCGCCCCUGGCCCGCAGCGUCCAACUCGUGUCGCUCUUCUCCCUGGGCAAGAGCGCCGCCGCCGAGUCAGGAUUCCGGGCGGGGUUCCUGGAGCUCCUGAACGUGCACCCAUGGGUGCUGGCUCCCUUCCAGCUGGCGCAGUCCCUGCCCCGUCCCGGCGUUCCCGGCCGGAUCCUCCUGGAGCUGCUCCUGGAGCCGCCGGAGCCGCAGGACCCCGUGCACAGGGAGCUGCAGCAGCACCGGCAGGCCCUGUGCCGGUCCCUGGCCGCCAAUGCCCGGCGGCUGCAGCGGGAGCUCGGCGGCGCCGCCGGGAUCCGGUGCCAGCCCCCGGCCGGGGGUCCCCGCGCCCUCCCCCGGGUGUGGAUCCCGCCCCGAGCCCGGAGCCAGGCCCGGGCGCUGGGCCUGGAGCCCGACGAGUUCUUCUGCCGGAGGCUGCGGGAGAGCACCGGAGUGACAGUGACACCGGGGAGCCACUAUGGCCUGGGGGGGGGACAGCGGCCACCUGGGGCUGUCCCUGCUGCUGCCGGUGCCGGCGCUGGAGCGGGCGCUGCGGCUCCUGCGCCACUUCCACGCCCAAUUCCUGCGGGAAUUCUCCGGAGCCGGGAGCCCCGGGAACCCCAACCGCGACCGGGACUGACCGGGAAGGGGCUCCGGAGCCGCGGGAGCCGGGAAAAGCUCCGGAAUUCCCGGGAAUUCCCAGCCCCACAGCCGGGAUGAUCCCACGGCUGUCGGGACACGGGAAAAGCCGGGAAUGCCAAUGGAGCGGCCACGCCCCCGAAAUUCCCGAUUUUAUGGGGGGCUCAUGUGGGAUUUGGGAAUCUGGGAUUGGAUUUGGGAAUCCGGGAUUG